AUGGCUGACACAAGGUCAUUUUUAGAUGAGCACCAUCAACAGCACCAGGAGUUACUGGUGGACGUCAACCGCACCUUGGAGGAUCUUUUGGAACGGGAAGACGUGGACAAGAACCAACAAAUCACAAUAGAGGACAACGGCCCCAAGCACAUCAAUUUGGGCACAUUGGCCUCUGCAGGCUACCGAUCGGCCGAAGUUCGUGGAAAUUACAUGAUCAGCAAUCUCCUACAAGAGUUGACGUUGGCGAAAGAUUUGGGCAAGAAGGUGGUCAAGAUACACCGGUCGCGUCUGAGUGAAAAUCCCGUCGACCGUCUUUCCCGCCGCAUUAGGGAUGAAUUUUGGAACAACCUAACCCGCUGCUUGGACGCUGCCACCAUCGAGAAAGCAGGUCGCGAUCCCAAAGACUGGACAGCGGAUCCUAGGCCUCGCAUCUACAUUCCCUCGGGAUGCCCGGAGCAGUUUGAAUACUACACUCAGGUUGCCAAAGACCGCCCCGACAUGCGGCUGGAUGUGCGCUACCUUCCCGAAGGCCCCAUUACUGCAGAAUACGUGCGGGGGCUUAACAAUGCUCCUGGCAUUCUAGCCCUGGCUAUGAAGAAAGAAAUGGUCAAUGGACAAGAGACACUCAAGGGAGAGCCAUUCAUUGUACCCGGGGGACGUUUCAAUGAGCUUUACGGGUGGGACAGCUACAUGGAGUCUCUAGGUCUGAUUGAGAACGGAAGAGUGGACCUGGGCAAGUCAAUGGUCCUGAACUUCGCCUUCUGUAUCCAGCAUUAUGGCAAGAUUUUGAACGCCAAUCGUUCUUACUACCUGACUCGAUCACAACCGCCCUUCCUGACUGAUAUGGCUCUCAAGGUCUAUGACAAGAUCAAGCACGAACCUGGCGCCCUUGAUUUCUUGCGCCUGGCCAUCCGAGCGGCCAUCAAGGAAUACUACAACGUUUGGAUGUCGACACCCCGUUACGAUCCGGCCACUGGUUUGUCACGAUAUCGGCCAGAUGGCCUUGGUGUUCCCCCGGAAACCGAGGCGUCUCACUUUGUGCACAUUCUGACCCCGUACGCCAAAAAACACGGAAUGACAUUUUCUGAGUUUGUCGAGGCCUACAACAAUGAAAAGGUCCACGAGCCGGAGCUGGAUGAAUACUUUUUGCAUGACCGUGCUGUCCGCGAAUCCGGCCACGACACUUCGUACCGUCUGGAGGGCUGUGCGGCGAACUUGGCUACGAUCGAUCUGAAUUCUCUGUUGUACAAAUACGAAAUCGACAUUUCCUGGUGUAUCCGGCACUACUUCAAAGAUCGACUGAGCAUUCCGCGCGAAUUUCAGACGGAUGCCAACCGAAAAGAAGGGUUCGAAACUUCGGCAUCAUGGGAUCGGCGAGCACGACUGCGUAAGGCCCGCAUUGACAAGUAUAUGUGGAAUGAAGCCAAAGGCAUGUACUUUGACUACGACACGGUCAACAAGAAGCGCACCAGCUACGAAACUGCGACCACCUUCUGGGCGAUGUGGGCGGGAUGUGCCUCUCCGAAACAAGCGGCUGGGCUGGUGUUCAACGCGCUGCCCAAGUUUGAUUGCUUUGGAGGGCUGGUGUCGGGAACCGAGGAGUCUCGUGGAGAAGUUGGGCUUGAUCGACCGAACCGUCAAUGGGACUAUCCCUUCGGGUGGGCCCCUCAGCAAAUGUUGGCAUGGGGCGGGCUCAUCAAAUAUGGAUACAUUGACGAAGCUCAGCGACUGGCGUACAAGUGGCUGUACAUGGUUACCAAGGCCUUUGUCGACUUCAACGGUGUGGUGGUGGAAAAAUACAACGUGACUCGAGAGCUGGAUCCGCACAAGGUCGAGGCCGAGUAUGGCAACCAAGGGGCCGACUUCAAGGGUGUUCCCCGAGAAGGGUUCGGCUGGGUCAACGCCAGCUACGUGUAUGGAUUGUCUUUUAUUCCGAUGCACAUGAAGCGCGCUCUGGGCACCCUCACACCAUAUGAGACGUUUGCUAAGGCAACCGAAAUCAAGCUUGGUGCGGUCGAGGAUAUCAUUCAGGAAGGGUCAGACGAAUCGAGACAGGACUCGUCGGAUGAAGCGGCGGUCAGCUCGAGCCUGGAAUCGCUAUGA